CUCCCUUCUGGAAAACCCUCACCCAAUUGCGAGCCAAGAACCUCGGGCGCCCUCCAAAUCCCCGCGCCCCUCCAGAAUCCCCCAGCAUACAUUUGCAGGCUGGUGCGGUGGACUCUGGAGGGGCGCGGGGAAUCACAUAAAACGAAACCAAAAGACAGAAAAACCAAGAGAGAGCAAGUUGCAAAAGUCGCUAAGCGAAGCACUUCCAGGACGAGGAGGCGACAAUAAUGACCGUUUUUGUGCAGUUCUUAGUUGACUU